AUGGCGGCUCCCUCGGCGGAGGAUGAUGAUCCUGCAUGCGUUAAUCCGGUGUUGAGAAGCUCAAGAUGGGCAUUGCAGGAAAUCAACCUGGUGAAACUCGACGAAGAUGGCAUCACAUCUGCUGCCCGCUACAUCCAUUCCCGAAUGCACCGGGAGGCCUAUGUCCCACGCAGUUGGCGAGACCACGCCUUGCAUAUCUGCCCUGAAGAGCCGUUUUCGUGGGCGAGCCCCUCCACGCGCUCAUUCCUCGACUGGAUCUUCCUCAUCUCGUCCCUGAACUUCAGCUUCUGGUCCGAGCUGGAAGGCACCCCGAGGCGCUUUGGGAUAAAAUGGCGCGAAGGCUGGAAAUCGGACAAGCAGGUCGUCCACACAGGAUACUGGUCGCUCGUCGCUGCCGUCAAUCGAGCUUUGGAAGCGGGCCUGCCAGUAACGGAUCCCGAAUUCUACUCUUCUCCUUCCCGCUGUCCCGAUUCCAUGGUCGCGCACAUAUUCCGUAUGGCGGAACAGUCGGACGAAGGAAUUCCUUUGCUAUCCGAAAGAGUGUCCAUUCUUCGUGAGAAUGGGGAUAUCCUACGUUCGCAAUUCGAUGGGUCAUUUUACGGUUUCGUCCAAGCGUUCCGCAAGAGGUACAAUGACUGCGGCACUGCCCUCCAGCUCGUCCAGAUGGUGACGGAGACGUUUCCUUCCUUUCGUGAUGAGCAUGUGUACAACGGCCGACGAGGUUUGGUUGACCCCCGCUUUCAUCGUCACGCUGUUUUACUUAGCUCUCCCUCGCUCAUGUACAGUGCGCAUUGGAAACGCGCACAAAUCCUCGUUGCCGAGACCUGGGCCGCACUCUACCCCGCAUCUCCCUCCGACCGGCACCCAGUCUUCCCGUCCGGCCCGAAGAUCCAAGAGCUAACGAUGUUCGCCGACUACCGCGUCCCACAGAUCCUCCUCCUCGAAGCCCAUACCCCGCUGAAGAGUGGGUCGAAAGAAGAGCUGAGCAUCCGGGUGGCCAGCAUCGUUGGGGUCGAGAGGGUGAGAGAAGAGAUCGUGAAGCUCGUCCGAGCGGAAAGUAGCGGCGGAGAGCAGGCCGAGGACGCAAUCAGCAGCGUCGUCAUUGACUUUUAUCUCUGGGAUCUGGCGAAGCGGGUUGAAGGAUGUGCCGACGAGCUCGACGGGAUUCAAACGGCGCCGAUGGUUCCCGUACACAGGACUAGGUCAAUUUGGUAUUGA